UUUAAAUGACACUGGUUACGGGUAAAAUUGUAGCUUUCAUUUUACGUGUCAACGUGUGAAUAACAAAGAAACUUUUAGUGAAUUAAAUAUUAGUAAAAUUAGAUAUAAAAAGGCUAUCCUUAAUUAAUAUAUAGCCUAUGGUGCCAAAAAAAAAAAAAACGUCGCUCGGGCGAUUCCUGUGUCGACCAUGAUUAGCCAAAAGAAAAUACAAUACCAUUAACGGUUGUAAUCUGGAGCUUGCAAGGAAUCGAUUAAUUUAAAAAUAGAAAGCUUUAAAAUCCAAACAAUGGGGAAAUUACUUUCUGAAAUAACACCACAUUUUCAAGAAAAAACACACAAUUUGUCCCCGAUAUUAAUUAUAAAUUAUGAAUACUGUUUCACAUAGUAUUAUGCCAUAGUUCGCUGUUUAUAUUAAGUAGAUACAGACAUAUAUCCAAGAUAAUGGAUUUUAUCAGUGUAUUUUUUAUUUUGUACUUCUUCUGCGUUAAAGAGUACUUUUCGAAGCACUCAAAAAUCGCGAAUAGUUUGGGAGACCACUACAAAUGAUUAUGCAUGAUCUCCGCGCGACGCGUUUCCUACGUACAGUCACUUCUAAUCAUUCCGAAGAAGACUUGAGUUGGGGAGGAAGCUAAGUAGCGAGGCUUAAGCCUUACGGCAUCUGUCAGGUCGUAAAGUAGCCUCCGCCUGUGUGACAGUUUGUCGAACCGUACUUUCUACCAUGCUGUCGUCACAAGCACGCAAUUUAUAAAGGUUAGCCUAUGGUAACUGUAGUGUUUAUCAUUAGAUCUUUACAAAGAACGCGUUUAUUAACUGCAAUCCGGAUUGUAUAAAAGGGGCGUUCUGCUUGCAGGAUCUUUACUUUUCAUCCGUCCACUGCAAUCAUGAGAGGUGCAAUGUCUGUGACUUUCAGAGUACACUUAUGUUUUUUCCUGCUGAGCUUGUAUGUUCUCAAGGGACAGAGUCGAUACCUGGAGGAGCACGAGAUUACUCCAGAACGAGUAUUAUCUCUACUGAACUCGGAACUCAAAAGGGAAUUGUCUGACGAAUUUGUUUACCGUCGACCUUUACGAUGUCUGGACAUGCUGGUCGUGGAGGGACAGUUCACUUUCAUGGCCGACCGGCCGCAGCUUAGCUGCGCUGCCUUCUUCAUUGGCGAGCCCAAUGAGCUGAUCAGCAUCCAGUAUGACGCAGCCAACAUUGACUGUGCGGGUGGGGAUUUCAUAAAGAUAUUUGAUGGCUGGGUCCUUAAAGGAGAGAAGUUUCCCAGUUCCCAAGACCAUCCUUACCCUCUCUUUGAGCGCUACGUAGAUUACUGCACGACAGGCUCCUCCCGGAGUGUGAUCCGCUCCUCUCAGAAUGUGGCCAUGAUCUUCUUCCGCAUACACAGCGCUGGGAGCGGAUUCACCAUUACGGUGACCAAACUCAUCAACCCCUUUCCUUGCAAUGUUAUUUCCCAGACCCCAGAGGGCAGCUUCACAAUGGUAAUCCCCCAGCAACACAAGAACUGUAGCUUCUCCAUCAUAUACCCCGUCGAAAUCCAGAUAGCUGAGCUUAGCCUGGGACACCUAAAUGACGUCUCUCUGAAGGUGAGGGGGAAGAGGUCUCCCUGGGGGUGUGCAGGAGCCGGGGAUUUUGUGGAGCUUCUCAGGGGGAACAGCAUGGAUACCUCCAAAAUGGUUCCUGUGGCUGAUCUCUGCUACUCCUUCAGUGGGCCUGCUCAAAUGAAGAUUGGAUGCGAUAACACUGUGGUGAGAAUGGUGUCCAGCGGGAAAUUCGUCAACCGUGUGACUUUUCAGUACCGUCUUCUGCAUCAACACGAACUUGAGAAGCUCAGAGGAAACAACUUGGAGGACUUCUGUGAUAUGGAAUAACUUUUUUUUUCCAAGGAGAUUCUCUGAACACCAAAUAACAAUGUGACUGAAGUGGGGAUGCAAAAUUAUGCUGAGAAACAUAUUUAUUUAUUGCUGUUACUUUCGUUUGCUUUUGUUUUCUGCUAUGUAAAUUAUCUGCUGUAGGCUCAAUAAAAUAUUAUUUUGGUUC